AGAGAGAGAGAGGGCGAGAGAGACAGAGAGAGAGAGAGAGAGCGAGAGAGACAGAGAGAGAGGGAGUGUCAGCAGGUUGAACAGGUUUGGGCGAGGCGGUCGAGCGAGGUUCAUACACAGUGAAAAGGAGAGAGAGACAGAUUUUUCCUUCAGUUUGUGACUUUGAGUUUCCAGCAGCAGCGAGGGAAGAAGAAACAGGACAAAAACAGCAGAAGAAGUUUGUGUCUUCAACGUUCAAGAGGAAGAAGAAGAAGAAGAAGAAGAAGAAGAAGAAGAAGGUGGCAGCUGUGAACAGAGCUCUCUUGCCCUGAUUGCCUUGUGUGUCCCGAUUGGUUGAUUAAUCGGUCACCUUCCUGUGACAUACCGCCAUGUCGUCAAACAUCAACAUCUCCCUGGAGAACCCGUACGGCGAUGUGACCAUCCCCCGGGCCAAGCUCCGCCCCUCCGAUGACAUCGCCACAGUGAUAGCCAAUCCGAUGGCUCUCAGCAGUAACGACGAGAACCCGUACGCCGUGUCCAGCUCCGCCCCCCCACCGCCAUACGUGGUGAAGGAAGCUGGAGGGGAGGAGGAGGAGGAGGGGCGGAGCCGCGUCUGCUGCUACCGCUGCAGGAGGAGGAAGUGAUGUCACAGCGACAGGAGGACUGUGAUUGGCUAGAAUUUAUUUAUUUCCUGUUUCCGUCCUUUCACCGAGGAAACAACAAAGGAAACAAGGAAGCAACUGAGGAAGAAACAAUGAACAGAGAAAUAAAUGAAGGAAGGAAAGGUCAUGAAGUUGUUUCCUCAGUGGCGGCCAUUUUCUGCCUCCAUCAGCUAGCUAGCUCAGUUAGCAGUUAGCAAUAGCAUUAAGCUAACAGUUGAGGCAGAGAAGCUGCAGACAUCAAAACAAACAAAUCACUUCCUGUCCUCCAUCUGCCACAGCAACAGUGACCUGGCUCCAUCAUCAUCAUCAUCUUCAUCAUAAAUACAAAGUCAGAUUUGUGACAUACAAAAUGGCCGCCACUGAACCGUGACACCCGUUAAAGUUAAUUUCUCUGCUGAUGAAACGCUUUGAUGCAGUUUGAGAGACAUUAGAAUAAAUAUUCAGUUGUUUUUUAAUUUAUUAUUCAAUUAAUUAAUAAUUAAUCAAGACUAAAAACUCACCUAUUCAGAACUGCUUACCCCACUUAACUCUCUACAUUGUCUUUUCUUACUGUUUUUAUUUUUAUGUGUUGUACGGUGUCCUCGAGUGCCCAGAGAGGCGCCUUUAAAUAAAAUGUAUUAUUAUUAUUAUUAUUAUUAUUAUUGAUUUUGAUUUUUCAUCAGGAAACAUUUUGGAAAUAAUUUUAAAUUAGUGUAAAAUGAAAUGUUUUUGUAUAAACUUUAUAAAUUUACGAAAACAGAUUUUAGAUUUUUGUUUAUGAUCAUUUCAUGAACACAUUCUGCUAACGAACAACUUGUGAGGGAAGAUGUUUUUGGACUUUAUAUAUAUAUUAUAUUAUAUAUAUUAUACACUAUUUCAGAGGAAAUUAUUAUUUGUUUCAGGAAGUGUUGCAAAGUAUCCAUAAAGUAUUUAUAUUUUUUCAUAACAAUGACUUUGAAUAUUUUAGUAUGAAGGAGUUUUAAAGUAUAAAUGCAAGAAAAAGUCUCUUUAGAAAAUAAUAUAUGGAAUCAAAUGUGUUAAUUGAUAUUGUUUGGUGUCACUGGGGAUCAUUGUUGUAUUAAACAUAUUUACACCAUCUACUACCAAUGAUUCAUUACUCUCAACUAUUUUACAUGCAAGCACUGACAUUGAAACAAAUCUUUGAAUCAGAAUUAUUUAAAUAAUCACAUCAUAUAUCUGAGUUCUACUUGUGUUUUAUUUUAUGAUAAUAUAACACAUUUUUACAGCAAUAUUAAUGUCUAUAUACUAUAUAUAUAUAUAUGGUAGUAUAGUAUGUGUAUAUGUCUAUCUGUCCGUCUGUCUGUCGCUAGGCAACCUGGUCAGUCCACACUGAGCUGUAACCUGAUAGGCCGACAGCAGCAGCCAAUAGAAACCUGAGAGCAGGUCCACUUUCUAUAGGCUGAUCAGAUUACAGAUGAGAUUAUUGAUCCUUUAACCUGCUGAACAAUAAUUCAAUAUGAUUUAUGUUAAGUUGUAUUGAAUGUAUUCUUUCCAGUUAUUUAUAAGUUAUUAAUUAAUGGUAAACUGUGAAAUCUGAAUGUUUAUUGUUGAUAUUUGUUUUGCUUGUUAACGGCAGUAUUGGACUCUUUUUAUUCAACUUAUAAACUGAAUUUAUUGUUUCGACUGAUAUAAUAAUAUGUUUCUAUCAAUAAUAACAAUUUUGUGUCACCCAGCUUCUGUCGGCCGAGAGAGGCUGAAUUAUUGAUGAAGCUCUCUCUCUCUCUCUCUGGCUUCAAACAGCAGAACGGUUAGAACGAACAGACUGAGAAGAAGAGAUAACUACAAAGAAGAAAGAAAAGGAGGUGGAGAGAAAAAACAACAACAAAGAAAAACUGAAGGAAUUGAAAGAGUGAAAGACAAAAGGAGAAGGAAUAAAAGAUCAAAAGAGGAUGAGAGGAGACCGAAAACUGGAAUAAAAGACGGAGAAGAAAUGAGAAACAAUAAGAGUGGGCAGGAUACAUAAACAAGAAGAAGAAAAAGAGAGGGAAUAAAAAAGAGGAAGAGGAGAUGUGAUGUGAAGAAAGAAGAUGAACAACAAGGAGAAAAUGUCUGACGACAUAAAAAAAGAAGAGGAAGAGGAAGUGACCUGUCAGGCGCUCCCCCCAACUCCCCCCUCUGUUGCCAUGGAGACAAUGAUGUCACUGAGGAGGCAAGACCUGGUGUGCAUCGUGUGCUUCGGAAGCUACGACCUGGCUACGCGGUUACCGCGGCGACUGCACUGUGGCCACGCCUUCUGCCAGGCGUGUCUGAAGAGAUUGGACACGGUCAUCAACGAACAGGUGUGGAUCCCGUGCCCUCAGUGCAGACAGAACACGCCUCGGCCCAGAGGAGGAGCAGCGGGGCUGGACCUGGAUCUGGUCUCCUUCCUGGGUGUGAAGGCCCAGCAGACCUGCUCAUCCACCUGGAGCUCCAGCUGCAGGGAGGGGGCUCAAACCGGAGACGCAGCCCGGGAUGGGAAGCUGUGGCUGGGGAAGGAGGUCACAGAUGAUGGCUGGUCACACGGAGGUCUGGCUGAGCCACGUUUCCAUCGCUACGGCAACUGCUGCCCGCUGCCAUCCUAUUGGUUGUGCUGCUGGCUGUGCUGCCCGGGGCGGGGGUAGGACUGACCAAUCAGAGUUACUGUCCUUUAGUGUUGAUUGGUUUAUUAUUUAGUUUAAUUAUAGUAUGAAAGUAUGA